AUGCAGUCACACAUUAACUUUGUUCUACAAAUACAGACACUGCUGCUGAUCUGGCGGCUCCAUUGCUCCCAACUCAGAAGAACACAAGAACAGGACUAAGUUAAGGUGUGAAGAGGACACAGUGUAUAAUUGGUGGAGAGUUGUCACAGCAAUGGCGGCGCAGUACAGAGUCGCAUGCACGGUGCUCUUGGCCCUUGUGCUGAUUGGGUUAUUAGGAGAAAGUGCUUGUGAGGGUGACAGAAAGGGGGUGACAAAGAGACACGUGGUGCGCGGAUGGUUCACUGUAGUCGAUGAGACUGGGACAUAUGUGUAUAAUGCAGUGAAUGCAGCUUCACCCAAAGCUGGAGAGAUGCUCAGGGACUUGGGUGACAAGGAAUGGUUCCUGGAAGCCAGGCGCCUCCUGUUAAUGUCAGUGUUGUCCGUGCAAUACGCAUUUCAUGAGUCGAAGAGCUAUAUCAGCAAGAUAUGGGAUCCUUGAAGAUCAGGGCUGGGUAAUGGUCAUUAGUUGAAUGUUCAGAACCUGGUAUUAAAGGCCCAAUAAAACAUAUUAUGUGA